AUGACUUCAACCGGGUUCAACAUUGGCUUAGACGGCUCGAGGAGCUCCAGCCGCGUCUUGAAGCCCCCAGGCGGCGGCCAUACAGACAUCUUCGGCGGGGAAGAUCAAGUCAAGGUGGGCAGGAAGUACCACGGUCGCAACCAGUCUUCCAUUUUAGAGGGCACCAACCCUGGAUCCGAUGCACCCGAGACCCCGCCCGAAGAGGUGAAAGUCGCAGCGUCCGAGCCAGCUCAAGAGGCCCGAUCGAACGCGGAACAAGCGUCUGGAGAACCGAGGGCGGCCGCCGCGGCGCCUCCAGCUCCAGCCAAUCCGGCGCAAUCUAGAGUUAGAGUACCCCCAGGAGGGUUCUCGAGCGAGGUUAGAAACGUACCAAAAUCCGGCGACAGUUCUGCCGUUGAUACAGAAAGAAUAGUUCCAAUUGAAAGAACCAAAUUCAAAAUUGACCCAAGCAAAUUUCCACCGAAGACUAAAAUUGAUGUCAAUACGAUCGCUUUGCUCGAAAAACUCACCUUGGUCGAUCUCAAAGGCAAAGCAGCCAUCGAAACUCUGGAAGUAAAGUUAGAAUUCGCAGAUCAAAUAUUGCAGGUCCCUACUGAUAACGUGGAGCCCUUGGUAUCCCUUUUGGAAGACCAUCCGUGUAGAAUACGAGAAGAUAUUGUUACCGAAGGGAACUGCCGUGAUGAAGUGUUGAGUUGCGCUACAUUAACGGAAGAAGAAUAUUUCGUUGCUCCCCCUGGGAAUAUUCCUUUAGACGAUAAAAAUGAUCAAAAAAGCCCUACAGGUUUACUAUUAUGCCAGAAUUUAAAUACCGAGUGGUUUUACAAUAUCGUGCUCAACAAAGACGUUACAGUGGUUUUAAACGAUGGGGAUUUUAGUGAAACGUUCGAUUACACAAAGAGCUUGUGCUCGGAAAAAUUACCUUUCGGUAUAGCUGAUGUGAAAAUUAUUACCAAUUCCAAUUUAACACAAGGAAAUAAUGCUUUCGAUAAUGUUAUACAACAAGAAAACGACACUCUAUUGAAAUUCUGUAUGUUUGUUUCCCCUACUGAAUCAACAAGGCUUUUCCACCAGUGGCAGAAAUUGAGGAGAACAUGGUAUAAAAGGUUUUCAGACAACCCCGAAAGAUAUUCCAUCACAGACAUAAAAACUAAUGGUGAUGUUCACUCUGCAGAUAUCGUAGUAGAAUAUCCAUGGGGCUCAAACACCAUUGAGUCAUUAGAGCUCAACACCCAAAAUCAAGAUUUCAGUACUCAACAGUUAGAGUUUAAGGAAAGAAAAACCAUCAGCGCUCAUACAAUCACCGGCCAAGUAAAUCUAUCCACAUUAUUUCUAAAUUACCUCUGCGAUUGUUACGUGGAACUGCCUAUCCAAAGUAACUUAAGAUCCCUUUGGAGAUUCCACAGGAAACUUGCACCAUACAAAUUAAGUUUUGCGAUGACAGGAUCGUCUCAAGCAGUUGUACACGAAUUGAACGAUCUAGCCCUAUAUCUUUGCAAGCAAUUUAGGGCCAAUCAUGUAUCGACUUUACUACUACCCAGUUCAUCGAAGAAUUCCCUGGAAAGCCAGUACAAGCAGUACGAUCAAUGGGGCAUUCCCUACACUGUUGUAUUGAACGAAAGAACACUGAAAGAUGGAAUCAGCAAUCUCAGAAGCAGGGAUACAACGUUGAAGUGGUCGCUCGUAGUUGAUCCCGAAAUGCUGGCGCGUUCGUUGCGAAUUUUCGAAUCGAAAUCGCCCGUCCUGGCGAGAAGGCGACUAUCGACGAAAAGUAACGUGGAAAUAACCGAAGAGGUGCGAAACGCGCUGAAUAACGGACGAGCGGUCGUGGCUUUGGAAUCGACCAUUAUCACACACGGAAUGCCCUAUCCCGACAACGUCAAAUGCGCCCUGGAAGUCGAAGGAAUCGUCCGAAGCCGGGGCGCCGUUCCCGCUACCAUAGCGAUCAAAAGCGGGCGAAUAAAGGUGGGUUUGAACGAGUCCGAUUUGAACGAGCUCGGCGACACGGAGUCCAGCAAACCCGUAAAAACGUCCCGGCGCGACUUCGCCUACGUAAUCAGCAGCAAAAGAAACGGAGGAACGACCGUCUGCGGCACUCUCAUAGUAGCCGAUCGGGCGAACAUACCGAUCUUCGCCACGGGAGGCAUCGGCGGCGUGCACCGGGAAGCCGAGUCCACUCUCGACAUAUCCGCCGAUUUGCAGGAGCUGGGGAGGAGUUCUGUAGCCGUGGUGUCCAGCGGGGUUAAAUCUAUCUUGGACGUUCCCAAGACGCUCGAGUAUUUGGAAACUCAAGGCGUGUUCGUCGCUACUUUCGGCCACACGAAGGAUUUUCCGGCGUUUUAUUCGAUCAAAAGUGGCUGUACGGCUCCUUAUAACGUCGCGAGCGCCGGCCAGGCGGCUGCUAUAAUCAAGUCCAGCAGGGAUCUCGAGUUGAAAUCGGGCAUAUUAUUGGCGGUACCGAUACCGGACGAGCACGCUUUGGAUUCCGAUCAAGUUAAUCUAGUAAUAGAUAGGGCUGUUAGGGAGGCUAAGGAGAAAAACGUGCGGGGAAAGGACAUUACGCCGUUUUUAUUGGCGGAAAUUUCGCGUAUGACCGAAGGGAAAUCGUUGAAGAGCAAUGUAGCGCUUGUUAAGAAUAACGCUAGAAUCGCCGCAGAUAUAGCUGUAGAAUUAGCCUCGCUGCAAGAACCAGGAAAAUGUAUCAACAAGCGACCGAUCAUUAUUGGAGGUUCGAAUAUCGAUUCCAACGCUGUUUUAGACACCGAUGAAAUAAAGGCAAUAUAA